CAUAAACCCACCAUUUGUUUUUCAGGAGCUGAUAUAAUUGGCUUUGGACGGUGAGUCAAAUAAACUUGUCGGUAUUGUUCUUUUUAAACAAAAACGAUGCUAUUCCGGCAUAUUGGUUAUAUCACGAAUUUGCGUUUUUAACACUGUGUAUGAUUGACCCCGAAAUGUCUGAAAUCGUCGUUGACACUAUGGACUUUUGGCCUUCUAUUGAUUGUAGUGUUGUCGAUAGUAAAUAUAAGGACGAAAGAGCUACCAAAGGCAAGGGCUUAAUCAAAGUCAAAAACAUGAAUAGAAGCAGCGCUGAGAGUAAAGAGAAGGGCGGUAAUGCUGAACCUUAUCUUGAAAAAUCAAUAGAUAAGGGUAAAAUAAAAGAAAAUGAGGAGUUUGACGAGUUUGAUAGUUUCGAUAUCGAUGCAAGGGCUUGGGAGCAGAUGUGGACAGAUACUAUGGGUAACAAUGAUGUUAAACCAGAUUCAAAAAUGACACUGAAAGAAGACAUUCGUGAUAACAAAAGUAUACUGAAUGAUGAUAUUACCUCGAAAAGGAAUAUUUCACUUGAUAAAGGAAUUGCACUGGAAAAUGAAAAGUUAUUAAAAUCGCACGUUACUAUGAACAAAGAAACCUCUCAGCAAUCAAAUUCAACUCUAUCUUUAAAACAUGACAAAGAAAAAAUCGAUGCCAAGGUUCAGGGAAAUAAAUCAGUUACUGUACUUGACAUGGAUGCAAUCUAUAGUUCACAAAAUGAUGAAGAUGAUUUUGGUUUCGACGAUUUUCCGUUAGAUGAGCUACUUUUAGAGGAGGCAAAAGAUAGUGCAUUUAAGUUUAGUGCAAAAGCAUUAGAACUUUUGGAUAAAAGACAAAAUGCUAUCAAACGAGCAACAGGAAAGUUUGUACCAAUGAGUGUUAUUUCGAAAUAUAACUAG